GUGAAGUUGAAGUUUGGAAAGAGUAGGAUGCAUACUUAGUGGGGAUGCGUUGUAAGUUGUAGUGUGUUUAUUGAUAAUGUCAACCUUGUUGGCAGUGGGGAUCCAAAAAUAUAUAAUGGGUUCCGGGUUUAACGUAACCGUCCAGUAACACGACGCAUUUUCCUGCUUAGUGGAGUAGUUGAUCUUUAUUUUAUGCCAUUGUGAAAUAAAUCAUGAAAUCAUUUCCUCAAAAAAAAAAAAAAAAGAAUGAAGCUGAAGAAAUUUUACCAAUUGAAUUCAAUAUGUCAUUCUUACCUAAGAACUUGUAGUCCAUAGAAAUGGCAGUACUUUCUACUCCGAAAAUAUGUAAUUCAUUAGAUGAUGACGUCUAAUGACGUCGAAUAAGCAAGGAAAAAAAUAUAAAAAGGCUAGUAUAAGUAGUUUAACUUGAGUUGUGCAAUGCGAAUGUUCCAUGACUAGAUAAACUAAAAAGAAGGUAUGAAUGACAAUUUAGUUAGUAAUAAAUUCGGUAAAGAAGAGUAUGUUAUGUAUAAUAGAGUGUGAUUAGUCCAGUCUUUGUUUUUUCUUUUGGGGAGCAAUUGUCUAAUCUUUGUUAUUCAUCUAAUCUUUGUUAUUCAUGAAAUCAGAUGAAAUUGUGGAUAACCACUAAGGAUGUGACAUGUGUCAUAAGACAGUGGCAAAGAUAUUUUAUUCAAUUUUUUAAAUGUUUUUUAAUUAUAAUAAAGCACAAGGGGAAAAAAAGAAAUUAAAAUUAAACUCAAUACAUAUUUUGUGAGAUUCCAUGGAUAUGUUAAAUUGUAAAAUUACGAUAGUAGUAAUAAUUGGGUCUCAACACUUUCCUCUCUGUAACACACAUUUUGGCUCCUUCCAAAUUGAAGUAUUCUCUCAAAAAAUCCAAAAUGGCGGCUUAAUUUUCCCUCCCAUUUCAAAUCUCUCCAUUUAUAAUCUGAAUUGAAUUUAUUCCUCCAAAAAUUUUAUUACUUCCCACAACUUCUUUUCAUAUUUAAGCUUUCCCUCCCAUUCUUCAAAAUCCCCAAAUUCAAAACCCUAGAAACUUCUAUUUCUUCUCUUUCUUCGACGAGUCAGCCCUUACAAUUCACUUUUUUCACCACUCAAUGGAAACCCUUUGCUCAGAAACCCUAGAAACCGGGUCUGAACCGGUUGAUUUGGUAAGUUCCGACGAAACCCUAGAUGGGUCUUCUCAAAUUUCUGCUGAAAAUUCCCCCAAUUCGAACAAAUCGGAAGAAGAUAAACUAUGUAUGGAUGCUUCACCCGUUCGUAGUACAUACACUUCUGCAUAUUUUUGCAGCCGCUGGAGUCAAUUCAGUAACUUCAAGCCUCUAAACUCACAGCCGACGACUACUGCAGAACCUCAUGAUGAGCCGUCGCUUUUCGAUUGGACGGAUUCAGAGAAUAAACUUGAAAAGAAGGAACGGAAACCAGCUGCGUUGUCGUGGAAUUCGUAUAUCGAUGAUGAGGAAGAAGCUAAGUUUACACUGGGUGCAGGGCUUGCUAAUUUAGGCAAUACGUGCUUUCUAAAUGCUGUUUUGCAAUCGUUCAUGCAUACAGUACCGUUGAUUCAGGGGCUUAAGUCGAAUGAUCAUGCCACACCUUGUGAUGGUUAUCUGCGGAAGGGAUUUUGUGUAAUAUGUGCUCUGAGAAAGCUUAUUGAUGCUUCAUUGUUUUCUGAGACUGGUGUAGUCUCUCCCUGGAAAUUUGUUAACAACUUGAACUAUUUUUCUUCCACUUUCCAUCGGUUCCAACAGGAAGAUGCUCACGAAUUUUUACAGUGUUUUUUGGAUAAACUUGAAAGAUGUUGUGACGAUUCAAGACCAAGGGACUACCCAGCUUUGGAGACUGACAACAUUGUAAAGCAGGUUUUUGGAGGCCGUUUAGUUAGCAAAUUGCAGUGUUGUAAUUGUUGCCAUCGUUCUAAUACUUAUGAGACUCUAAUAGAUCUGAGUUUGGAGAUCGAGGAUGUGGACAGCCUAGACACAGCUCUAGAGUCUUUCACGAAGGUUGAGAAAAUUGAGGAUCCAGAAAUAAAGUUUACAUGUGAAAAAUGUCAGGAGCAAGUCUCCAUUGAGAAGCAGCUUGUGCUGGACAAGGCCCCAUCUGUUGCUGCCCUUCAUUUAAAGAGAUUCAAAACAGAUGGUUCUCUUGUUGAGAAGAUUGACAAAUAUGUUUCAUUUCCUCUGGAACUGGACUUGCAUACUUAUGCUGAUAACAGCCAAAUUGAUAAUGAAGAAAUGAAGUAUGAUCUUUAUGCAGUUAUAGUGCAUAUAGGAUUUUCAUACUCCUCUGGGCACUAUUACAGCUUCAUUCGUUCAGCGCCAAAUGAAUGGUACAAAUUUGAUGACUCAAAGGUUGUUCGUGUCCGAGAAGAUUAUGUGCUGUCACAGGAAGCAUAUGUUCUGUUUUAUGCAAAGAGGGGCACUCCUUGGUUUUCAGAUUUUAUUGAAGGGCAAAAGCCCUUUAUAGAUCCGUCCAUGCUGAAUACUUCUCCUAAGUCGGUUUUAGAGAAUACAGAUGCUGUCCGCAUAACUUCUCCACUGCUGCCGGGUGCCCAGACUUCCCGUGGCAAAGAACCCAAUGAUACUGCAAAUGAGUCAUCUCCCAAUUCUCUCAACAAGGUUCAAGAUAGUGAAGAAAAGGAAAAUGCGUACAUGAUGUCUGCUCCUAGACCACCACUAGUUGCAAGUAAUAGUCUGGAUUCCAAGUCACGUGAAAUGGAUAAAGAUAGUGUGUCUUCACCUUCACUACUCAAAGAUGGGUCUACACUGGUUUCUGGGGUUUCAGUACUCAAAGAAAACCGCAAUAUUCUGGACCCUGGUUCAACCAAUAGAACUUUAUACAUCACACCCGAAACACCACCUAGAUCUCCAAGCCCAGAGAUAUAUAGAGAAGAUCCCCCAGAUAAUGAUUUCCAUAUUCCUCGUGGCCAUCUGAGAAUGCCAGGCCAGAUUUCUUGCAAAAAACAACUGCAGAAUGAUCUAGAGCAGGACAUGGAGAGAAAGCAGGCGUGUUCUCUGAUAAAGAAAAGCAUGCGUGGAUCUAGAGCCCAGCAAUUUCUAGCUGCAGUCGAGGUUUCGCACAGUGAAGGUUCUGCUAACAAGAGGAGGAGGAGAAUGGAAGUAUCUCCAAUUAGAGAUGGCAGUAAUUCUACCAGUCGCCGGAGGUCUAGCUUUGGCUCUGUGAUGCGUCCUGUAAUGGCUAGCAGCAUGAGAUAAGGUGGGGAAAUACUAGUAAUUUGUAACUGGGUACUAUGAACUAACGGAAUAGGGUCCUGAUACCAAGUUCUCGGCAAUCUUUCAAGUUUUAUCCUCCACCACAAACAUGGCUCUGGGUGAUUUUAUAGACAUUAGCUGUUCUUUUGUUCAUUUUUCAGAGUUCAUUGUAUAGUGCAGAGUGAGAAUUUUAUCUUAUAUUCUCAUAGUUGAGAAAUAUAAUUACUCGCAUAUUACCCAAGGGACGAGCUUUUGUAGUAUGAAUUUUUUAUUAUCUGUACUGAACUUUAGUACAUAGUAAAUGUCAAUGCUUUUAUUCAUCUAUAAUUUUCUUUAUGCA